AUGACGAGGAACAUCAAAGGACCGAGCUUCACCGAACCUGGGCUCCACUCAUUUGACAACGUCUUCUUCUACUGCCUCGACGCACCCAAGGACGCUAAACCUCCAGUGCCCACUGGAAAUGCCACCCCAGCGCGGCGUCGCAAGCCUUCAAAACGUGAUGAGCAUGUCUGGGACGUGCAAGCCAGAAUCGAGAAGUACACGGACUGCAAAAUCAUCAACGUUCGCCUGAAACAAGCAAACAACGUCGAUGCUCUCUACGACUACAUUGACAAGGAGUUGGAAACCAAGACGGAGGACGACUUGGUGAUCUUUUACUACUACGGCCAAGCAGGGGCAAAGGAUCGAGAGUACUCCUGGAAAUUUGACGGACCCAAACAUGUAUACUUCAAUGCCUAUGACAUCUUUGGGCUGUGCGGAGCCUCUGGUCUUGCCUGCAUGUUCCUUCUGGAUUGCGACAUUCCGACCCUCUGGCUGGAGAAACUGCCAACUCCAAAGGGGCACAUCUCCGUCUUUGCACGUGGUGGACAGCUGAGAAAACCCAACGGAGAGAUCGAAGACGAUGACCACAGCYUUACCGAGAGCUUUACCGACAAUCUGAGUGCUCUUGCAAAAGACACCGACCCCGGAAAGAGGGCUCUACGCACAAUUCCACAGCUGAUCACGCCACCCCAGUCAAAGCCGACUUGGUCAGUGAAUCGCAUCGACACACUCUUCGAGAGUAAGGUUGGAACUCCCACCAUGAACAUCGUGGUCGAUCCGGAGAGAGUCAGACAGAACAAGGCCGAAAUCGAAGACGCAAAGUUUGGAGAAGUGGAGUUCUUCCUCCGAGUGAGAAUGAAGGGCGAUAAAAAACGCCCGGAGCUGGUCGUUCGAUCUCCUGACUCGACUCCUGCCGAUAUCGUGGCACCUCUUACACCAAGCCCCGUCCAGACUCAGGUACACACUGCAGUGAUGGUAGCACCUCCCACACCUUCGGCUUCCGCGGCGGGAAGAUCUGGCGCCAGUGGCCGGUCUACGAACGACGAAGGCUACAACUCCGACGACUCCGACGAGUCGACACUGUUCCUCAACCAAAGCCGUCGUCGGGCGUCAACCCCACCGACGGAAUGA